GGCAUUCUCUGCUUCAUAGAACUUCAGAUUAGUUGACUUUGCUCCCUGGACUAAGGCAACUUUCAUUCUAAAAGAAAAUGCUCUUUAAUUUGCGAAACCUGCUCAGUGCUGCAACUUUAAGAAAGAGCAGCAAGCAACUGGUGCAACAUUUUCGGUCUGGGCAAGCAACUCAAACUAAUGUUAAUCUGAAAGGUCGCGACCUCCUAACUCUGCAAAAUUACACAACAGAAGAAAUAAAGUAUUUGCUGUGGACAGCAUCAGAUUUGAAACAAAGAAUAAAGGACAAGGGAGAGUAUUUGCCUCUGUUGCAAGGAAAAUCUUUAGCCAUGAUUUUUGAGAAAAGAAGUACCCGAACAAGAGUAUCCACAGAAACAGGGUUUGCUCUCCUUGGGGGACAUCCUUGUUUCCUUACAACCCAGGAUAUACAUUUGGGCAUUAACGAGAGUCUCACAGAUACAGCACGGGUGCUGUCUAGCAUGACAAAUGCAGUCUUGGCCCGAGUUUAUAAACAAUCUGAUCUGGACCUGUUGGCGAAAGAAGCCUCAAUCCCAAUAGUCAAUGGUUUGUCUGAUUCAUACCAUCCUAUCCAGAUUUUAGCUGAUUACCUUACACUGCAGGAACACUAUGGCUAUCUGAAGGGGCUCACAAUAAGCUGGAUUGGUGAUGGAAACAAUGUCCUGAACUCCAUCCUGAUGAGUGCUGCUAAAUUUGGAAUGCAUCUGCGUGUCGCUACUCCAAAGGGCUUUGAACCGGACCCCAACAUAGUUAAAGUAGCUGAAGGGUACUCCAAAGAGUAUGGCACCAAAUUGUUUUUCACGACUGACCCCUUGGAAGCUGCAAGUGGAGCCAACGUCCUAGUUACGGACACAUGGAUAGGUAUGGGACAAGAAGAGGAGAAGGCAGAGCGAAUGAAGGCUUUCCAAGGUUACCAGAUCACAAUUCAGACUGGAAAAUAUGCAGCCUCUGACUGGACCUUUUUACACUGUUUACCAAGAAAGCCAGAAGAAGUUGAUGAUGAAGUAUUUUAUUCUCCACAAUCACUGGUUUUCCAGGAGGCUGAAAACAGAAAAUGGACAAUUAUGGCUGUCAUGGUUUCCCUGCUGACAGAUUACUCACCACAGCUGCAGAAACCUACAUUUUGAUGCUUGGGUUCCUGCCAAGAGAAAAUAUUCCUCACCAGCAGAAUAUUCUGGUCUGCAAAUAUAUAGCUGUCUUUCAUACAGGAUCAAAGCAAUGAAUGAUUCCUUCAUAAAAUUGCAUAGGUUGGCUCUACUGAAUUGUAUGAUAUUGCUUUGCACUCAUGAAAACCUUGGAAAUGAUGUGAAUUAAACAGUGCAGCAUUGCAAGAGUAGCGCUUUUUCUAGAUGCUUUAAGUUCUGUAGCUUUUGUAUCGAUUCAUGUCUUUUAAGUUUUCCAAAGCUGUAGUUUAACAAAUGGAUCCAGCAGUAUCAUAAGCAGUGGUUUAUGUAUGGUGUGGUAGAACUAGUGUUGUAAAGCUCCAAAUCUAUUAUAUAACCACUAUGCAACUGCCCCUAAAUCUAUUGGAUUUUCUUGCUGAUCUCGGAGCACAUGCGCAGAGAACUAGCACCUUCUUACUAUAUUCUGGGACCUCAACAUUCCCUUGUUAGUACAAUUUCCCUAGCUGCACCCUGGCCACCUUGUAACCCCACCUCAAUCUGGGUUUGAGACCGCAGAGGCUCUAUCAGAUUAUCAUAAACAGGAAAAUUCCUGAGGGCUUGCUGGAGAAUAGUGAUGUGGUUCACACAGAGGGACUGCCACAGGGUUGGGUAUGGGAGAAGAAAGAUGGCAGGAAGUAUGGGCUCACUAUUCUUCCUCACUCCCCUCCGUCAUCGCCCCCGGACAGAAUUUUGGCUAACGAAGCAAGUCUUCCCUUCUUUUCAUACUCUCUGUGGCAAAAACCAGAGAUGAGGUGGUCCUAAGUGAAUGUUGCUGUAUGGCAGGAGUUUGCUAGGUUUCAUCUAGCAGUGACAUGUGGUGUACAUACAAGUUAAUCCCUCUUGGUAGUAAACAGAAGUUUGUGACAACUGUAGGUUGGUUGUGAAUUUUUGAAAUUUCAGUGAAAACUUUGCAUAAAAUGUUUUCAAACCUUUCCCCACAUUUCUCUCUUUUUUAAACCAGCUCUUAGACAAGUUGGAAUUUUUCAAAAAGGUGAAAUUCCAGCAAAAAAAUAUUGAUGAAAAAAUCUCAAAACAAUCUAGUGCAUUUUUUUUCUGCAGUUUUUGACUAGCUCUAAACACUAUUUGAUCCACUUCACAAUUGGAAUUCACUGCUGGGCCACACAUUAUUGAAACAGCAUUUCACGGGGGAUAAAAAAAAAUUCUUUUAAAGCCCAUUUGACUACACAGUGUGUGAUUGAUUCAGUUUUUCAUUUGUGUAUCUCUUGUCAAAAUUACAUUACAAAAUCAGAAGAGCUUCAAUAAUCAUGUGAUUAUUUUGAUCUCAAAGAAGAUGAUCAAAGCAGUUAAGAUAGAUGAAGAGGGCAUUUACAUGGAAAUAAUAUCCAGCCCAGAAGACUGAAUGUUUUACUUCCCCAUUUUGUGUAUGUGUAUGGUGUUCGCACAGAUGUGUGCACUCUGGCAUAUGUUUGGUUGUACUAGGUACUGCUUAGUGAAUUUGGCCCCAGUGCAGCAAGGUACUUCAACAUGCGUUUAGUCCCAAUGAAGUUAAUGCGAUUAGUCACAUGCUUAAAAUUACCCAGCUGCCUAUGUACCUUGAUGAAUCAAAGCCUUAAUGCUUGUUGAGAGUUAGCCAAUUACUUUUUGCCAAUCCUUUCCCAAAAUUGUAUUAAGGAUAAAACUAAUCUUAUUAUGGUCUGGAUUAAUAUACCGUCAUAAAAGACAGAUGGCUUUUUAAUAACACUUAAUUUUAUUGUUGAUAUUUUCAAGGAUAAAUAUUUUACAAUAAACUCAUUUAAAAAUCACCUUCUGU